AACAUCCAGUAUCAUUCCUGAUUAUCUUCAAUUACAUCACAGAUGUUUCAAUCUUUUCUCGUCACCAAAAUGAUGACCACAAGUCAUUAAUUUCCCAGUCUUAAAAAAAAUGCACAGCUGUUGCAGUGAUUUACGCUUCCUCAAGGAAAUGAUUCAAACAUUUGUGAGAAGCACCACAUGGCAGGCUGCAAGAUUUACUAAGAGACUUGUAACAUGUCCUCUAAUUUAUAAUAAAUUGCUGUCCUCUUUUCCACAGAUAUGUGUUGGUUGUGUAAAGGAGAAUAAUUGGAUGCCUAUCAUUGACAAAGGGGUUAAAAUAAACGCACAGUUAUAUUCCGUGCUUCGUUUUAUGCUGGACAGUGGACUGAACAGUUAAGCCUAGAUGGCACGUAAAAGAUAUAUGAGGCUGAUUAUCAGACAGAAUGCAACAACCACGCUCAUGCAGAACCAAAAACUGUGGAAGAAGAAAGGCGAGAUGAGAUGACAGAAUGUGCUACUGCAAGAACAGCAACCCAGGAGCUGGAUGGUGUGGUCGGCGACGCAGAGGAGGCCGCACCGAUCCUGGAUGAAUGUGCUAAAUAUAGAGAGUUGUUUACAUGGAAGACGCUCGGACAAGCAAGUAUUUCUGCUGAAAAAUAUUUCUGGUCCUACUUUGUCCCCAUGCCUUGCGACCCUGUCUUGAUCCAUCGCUGCAAUGACAAUCACUUACAAACAGGGGGCAAUAAAGACCAUAGGAGGAAGCAGAAUGGUUAUAAAAGCGGUCCCGAUCCAGUGGAGUUGACAGAGUCAACAGAGAGAGAGAUUAGGACCUCCAUCACAAUCACCAUUACUAGAACCAGCAGAGAUGUCCACCUUAAUGACAGAGCUGAAGGAGACCUACAGGAUGCAGGGCUACCUCUCUGGCAUCCCAAUCCUAGAUGAGACAGAGCUGAGGCAGGCCAGACUGGCCUUCGCAGAACUAGAGAGGGAGUUUGGAGAGGACUACACCCAGUACAGUCUCCACAAUGUCCACCAGCAGUAUGAUUGGGUGAUGAGUCUGGCUAAACACCCACGUCUUCUCCAAAUUGUAAUGGCUUGCCUGGGCCCUGAUGUCCUGCUCCUUGACUCUCGCUUCAUCUGCAAGUACCCUGUAGGUAACCAGGCAGAAAGUGAUGUGGGAGAGGAGCAGGAAGUGAGAGUCGAGGCAAAGGAAGAGAAGACUGGGCUGCCCUAUGUUGCCUGGCAUCAGGAUAUGAGGUAUUGGGGCAUAGCUGGUGGUCCAGUCCUCUCUGUUUGGCUGGCCUUGGAUGACUCACUACAAGACAACGGUGCCUUGCAGGUUAUCCCAGGAACCCAUUUCUCCGGCCUCCUGCCCCACCGUCUUGCCAGCCGUGCUGGGAACAUGCUGUCUGUCAACCAAGAGAUUCCUGAGGAGCUAGUGCAGACAGAAAAAGCUGUACUCUGCCCCCUGUAUGCAGGGCAGAUGUCGGUCCAUGAUGGCCUGCUGGUUCAUGCCAGUGAUCCUAAUACCUCGCAAAGGAGGCGUUGUGGUUUUGUAAUUCGUUAUGUCCCCUCCUGUGCCUUCCCCAUUCAGGACUCUAACCGCCCCAGGAAAUUCCAUGCAACAGUGUUGGCCACAGGAACAGACCAGUUCAACCACUUCUCCAGCAGCACUGUGCUUCCACUGGCCUGAUGCAAAAUGGGGAAACAACUCCCCUUCCCUGGGUAAAAUUAUUUUCUUAAUUCGAGCCAUGGCAACCAUAAUACUAUCUUGAAUACUGUAGUAUUUUGUUGCUUUCUGCAGAAGUAUCCCACUUUAUUGUUUUUUCUAUAAUAUUAUUUUCCAUUACUUGAGCCAUUCAAUGCCAUUCAACAUUUUAAUGAAAUUAAAGCAAGCUGUUACUUGAAUCUAGGUGGAAUAAGAUGUGUAUGUAUCAAAUGUGAAGGGGUAAACAAAGUGACAUUUUAAAGACGUGCUCUGUAUGGGUAUAUCAACUGACACAGCGGAUGUUCUGUAAUAUGUGUCUGUUAAUCGUAUAUAUAUUAAAUAAAAAGACUGCAG